UUUGACUUUGAACUUUUUAGAUUGGAGCUAUAUAUAGUUGUUUUUUUCUUAUAGUCUCUCAAACACAAACUCAUUCAUUCGUUGCUCUCUCGUUAUCAAAGUUUCUAGCAAAUUCCAAUAAUGGGUCUUUUUGGAAAAAGCUUCACUUCAAAAUUGAAAAGCAUAACAUCACUUGCUGUUUCUAGGAUUGGUAUCUUGAAGAACCAUUGCAAAGCUAGAGCUUCUUAUGCUCGUUCUGAUGUUGCUCAACUGUUGAACCUUGGAUACCAUGAUCAAGCUCUUCUUCGUGUGGAACAUUGGAUAGUAGAGCAAAACAUGUUGGAUGCAUUUGUUAUGAUUGAAGAUUAUUGUAAUGUCCUUAGAGAAAGAGUUCAAGUACUUGAAAACAACAAGGAGUGCCCCUUUGAGCUCAAGGAAGCAACAUGCAGCCUUAUCUUUGCAUCCUCAAGAUGUGGAGAAUUUCCAGAGUUGCACAAGAUACAAGAGAUUUUGACAUCAAAAUUUGGGAGAGAAUUUGCAGAUAAUGCUGUUAAGCUAUAUAAAAAUAAUAGAGUCAACACUAAGAUGAUACAAAUGCUUUCAUCAAGACACCCCACCAUGGAAAUCAAAAUGAAGGCUUUGAAGCAAAUUGCUAAAGAAAUUGGAGUUACUUUGCAUUUUGAAAAGGACCCUACAUUGACAAAUAUGGACAAAUUGAAUGUUGCCCAUCACCAAAGGCAAGAUGAAAUGGAAACAAAAGAAUGUAGUAGUGAUGAUGCCGAGCAUAAAGAAAACAACCAACAUGAUUUUAAUCAAAGUGUAAUUAAGGAGGAUAAGUGUCUAUUAGAUGUGAAUGAGGAAAAGAGGAGAAACAAGUAUGCUGCUGCAGCUGCUCUAGAAGCUUUGGAAUUAGCAUAUUUUGAGAUAAGUAAAUACUCAAAUCAUAGUUCUAAACAAAAGGAUGUAGUCAUUUCAAAAAGAAACUUUAGUAUUGAUCUUAAAGAAGAAUUGGAAGGGAAACAAAUCCAAAAACAAUAUGAAUGGGAAGAAGAAUCUCAAUUAAGUCAAAAUCCAAGAGAUGUUAUGACAACAAAACCAAAUAACUCAACAAGUUUAGCUUCCAAGGAGAAUACCAAGGGAGAAAGCAACAUGGUUGAUGAAUUAAGCUUAGCCAAUAGCUUAGAUGAUGAUAAUGAUCACAAAACUUCGUCUGAUUUUGUUGAUGUGCCAAGUGUCAGUAAGAUUCCUACAUUAGAUAGAAAAGUCAAUGUUGAGUAUGAUAUAAGAGAGUCAUCUGAUACUUUAGGCUAUGCUCACGACCGAUCAAAUGUAGCUAGAGAAAAUGAACAUUUAAGUGAAGAAAUAGCAUACCCUUCUUCUCAAGCUAUUAGAUGGAAUCCACAAAGGUCACAAACUAAUCCUGUGGUUAGAAGACGUACCAUGCAAAUUGCAAGUAGAACAAAUUUUGCAAAUCAUAUACAUACAGAUCGUGUACAUGUGGAUUGGAAGAUGAUGUCAAUGAGGACUAAACGAGCACACAUAUAAACACAAUGAUUAUGUAGACAAUUCAGAUAUUAUUAUUAUUUUUUACUCUCUUGCUUUUCUGAUGUGAAAGAGUGAAAAUAAUACUAGAUUCAAUAGUUUUAUUGAUUAUAAUAUACUAGUGAGUUCUUAUAUUAUGGUACAAUAUUACUCCCUCUUUUUUAUUAUAAUUGUCUCAUUUGCUA